AUGGCAUGGUGGUUGUGCUAUCAUUCUUUGUUUAUCAAGAAGACAACAAAUGGCAUGGUGGUUGUGCUAAUCUAUGUGGAUGACAUGCUCAUUACUGGGGAUUCUCUGAAAUUUAUUGAAGAAACCAAAAGGAACUUACAACAACCAUUCAAAAUGAAGGACCUAGGAGAGCUUAAUGGUGCAAAACCAUCAGUUACUCCAAUAGACACCAACAACAAGUUAACUACAAAGCAAUAUGAUGAUCACAUUAAUGCUACUGAGAUUGAAAAGAUUGAUGAUCCCUUAACUGAUCAAGGUGCUUAUCAGAGGUUAAUUGUUAUAUCUGCAUACUGUGAUGCUGAUUGGGCAUCAUGCGCUCACUCAAGGAAAUCUGUGUCUGGUUAUUUAGUAAAAUUAGGAGAUUCAUUGGUGUCAUGGAAAUCAAAAAAGCAACCAACUAUAUCCAGAAGCUCAGGUGAGUCUGAAUAUAGAAGUGCAGCAACAACUGUUAUUGAGAUCAGUUGGUUGAUAGGACUUGUGAAGGAGUUGGGAAUGAAGUUAAACUACCAAUCAACAUAUUCAAUGAUAGUAAGUCUACAAUACAAAUUACAGCAAAUCCUGUAUACCCGAAAGGACCAAGCAUAUUGA